AUGUCAAGUCACCCUAGUGCUCAGCAAGAUACACUUAAAUCUUUAAGGGAUGUUUUAGGUUUAUUAAAAUCUGACAAGGAACUUUCAGAACUUGAACCAGGUUAUAUCUCUAAUGACCUGUUAGGUUACAUCAGAGAGAGUGGCUCUGCAAGUUUAUUUCGAAAGGCAGUAGCUGGUUCCACCGAAGUUUGGUCUUUAUUAACUGAAUGCUACAAAUUAGGCCAAACUCGUCUUUUAGAAUAUCCCAAUAUUAUUCGAACUUUCAACGGUAUUGCAUUACUUGGACGAAACCUAGUUAGUGUUGACAAUGUGGCAUUUUUUGCCUGGGACUCUGGAGCUGUAAACUCAAUGUUUGAUUUGCUUCAGUAUCUUAUUGUUGACACACAACAAGAAGGAAAUUUAUCGAUUAAGGGAGUCAUGACUAGUGAUUGCAGCGAAAACUCGUUGUUUUAUGAAAAAUUUGUAAUGUCAUGCAUCCAGUUUUUUGCAAAUCUAAGUGUACAAGCUAGUCAAGACAAGACCCUUUCUAGCAACGUUUUAAGUCUUUUUAUUUAUAAUAUACCCACGGAAACUUUUGCUUCGUUACUGAAUUCGUUUACUUCUGAAAACAGCUUGCCUAUAUUGAUUCUGUUGGAAGGUCUUAUUAGAAAUACACCGGUAAAUGCUUUACGAUUAUAUGAAGAACCAAAUGGUCAAUUAUUUAUCAAGUUUAUUGCUAAGCAUGCAGAUGCCUGGGUUAGCAACAAGAACGACAUGUGCACCAAUCUUGCAGUUGAAAUCAUGAUGCAUCUUUUGUCUUUUGGACUAAUGCCUAAUUUCUUGGAGAAGUUUUUUUUAAAUCCGGAUUUUAUAGAACCCGAAAAGACUUUUGAUUUUGUUACAUUACUAAUAAUUAGCAUUCCUUCAGCGUUAGAAUCUUGGACUGGAGGUGAUUCUGAGAACUUUGCAAAUGAUUUAGGGAAGCAAAAAAGUUUCUUUGAUACUGCAUUUUUCAUUUUUAAGUCAAUCAAAGAAGAGGCCAAACCAUUAAUUGAAACGUACAGCACACGAGAUCGAAGUAAGGACAAUAAACAGUAUUUGAAUGGCAUUUGGGAGACAUUGGUUCUUUUUUUGGAUUUAUUUGAUAAUUUCCUCUCUUCAGUUUUCCGUCAAUAUGAAAAAAAUACAAGGGAAACUAGUACCAAUUCAGGUAAUCUGUUUAGUUAUAUUAUUGAAGAUACCGACUUUUUAGAAAGCAUUAUUGGGUUACUUCACGCAGCCGAAUCAAAUCUACCGAAAAAGAGUAAACUUUCUGAAUUACAGCGUAAUGAUACCAAUUAUGGAGAUGAUGAGUUGAAUCAAUCUGUGAAAACAAAAGAGUUACUGUAUGACAGUUCUGAGUUCCCGUUAAUAAAGAGUAAGAUCAUUUUCUUGUUAGGGAUUUUAACAAAAGACAAUACUUUUGUACAGAAUGAGAUUCGACGGUUGCAUGCGUUAGAACUGAUUUUGUCUAAUAUGAUUAUUGAUCAAAACAAUCCUUACAUUAAAGAACAUUCAAUUUUAACACUGUCAUAUGUGUUGAAAAACAAUCAGGAAAAUCAAGAUUUUAUUUCCAAAUUGGAGGCGCAGGAAGUUGUCACCACUAAGGAAAUUGAAGAUGCAGGGUUAGAAGUGAAGCUUGUUGAUGGUAAAGUUAGGCUUAACAAGAAGGAUUAA